AUGGGUUUAUCAUUUUCCAAGUUAUUCAGCAACCUCUUUGGUAACAAGGAGAUGAGAAUCUUGAUGGUUGGAUUAGAUGCCGCCGGUAAGACCACCAUAUUGUACAAAUUGAAGUUGGGAGAAAUCGUCACCACCAUCCCAACCAUCGGAUUUAACGUCGAGACCGUUGAAUAUAAGAACAUCUCCUUCACGGUGUGGGAUGUCGGUGGACAAGACAAGAUCCGUCCAUUGUGGAGAUACUACUUCCAAAACACUCAGGGUAUCAUUUUCGUUGUUGAUUCCAACGAUAGAGACCGUAUUGCCGAGGCUCGUGAAGAAUUACAACAGAUGUUGAACGAAGACGAAUUGAGAGACGCUUUGUUGUUGGUGUUUGCCAACAAGCAGGAUUUGCCAAACGCCAUGAACGCCGCCGAAAUAACCGAAAAGCUUGGCUUGCACUCCAUCCGUCAAAGACCAUGGUACAUCCAGGCCACCUGUGCCACUACUGGUGAUGGUUUAUACGAAGGUUUGGAAUGGUUGUCCACUAACUUGAAGAACUCCACUUGA